AUGGUCAAGACGUCACAGAGGAAGCCUCAUAAUUGUGGAAAGCAUUUCAAAACAAAUUCUGGUUUAAGCAUAUCCAACCCCUUGAGGAUGUCCAGUUACAUAUUCAAGAGACCGGUUACUAAUAUCACAUCUCAUCCUGACAAUGAGGUCAGAUAUCACCACUGGGAAGAAACCUUGGACAAGCCCCAACAGUGCUGGUGGCAGAAGCGACUACAAGGACUGCAGGCCUACAGCAGCACAGGAGAAGAGUUAAGUACUUUAGAUCUUAUCAAAACCUUCCAACAACUUUCACCUAUUUGCAGAGGUGAGUCCUUUUCAGAUGUUCUUGCUGGUAGUCUGGACUCCUGCCAGACUUCAGAUUUGGAAGGAGUGAUUUCAGGGUCUGGUCUGCGCAUCCCACAUUUCCCCUGCAGACAACUGGUAACUGAGGAAAUCAUCAGGACACAGGAAAGUAAAGUGAAGAUGGCAAGAGAGAGACUGGCAAGAGCAUUGAUUGCAGACAGCCUUGCAACUGAGGCAGAGAAAGCGAAGGGUCAAAAAGGACAUCCUCAAAAACACUAUGAAAAACAGAGAUGA